AUGAUUUGGUACAUGUUUGAGAAGAUUUCUGCUGCUUUGUUCCGUAACAUUCCAGCAAGUGAAGUGGAGAACGGUAGGGUUUACCUUGUGGCUGUUUUGACGGAAGAAAUAGAUUUGAACAUUAAAGAGAGCAACAACAUGCCGCAGAUCAAAAGAGUCAAGAAGGGUGUUGCAGCAGGUGUUACUGAUAUCACCCGAAUCUUCUCUCGUAACCAAGGUUCUUUGACAUCAGGUGAAGCCCACCAAUUCACAAUCAAGCUUUUCGGGUCAUAUAUCAACCAGAGAAAGACCACUGGUAAGCCAGAAAGCGACAGUGCCGUGAACAAUGGAUGGGGAGAAGCCGUUGACCGUAUCAUUGCCGGCUCUAACCAUGGUAUAGCCGUCAACCCUAGAGCUGAAAAAUUGGUGGUUUCUGUUAAAGAGUUCAAGCAUCAGUUCCACGGAAGCAGUAACUUUAACCCUGUGGGAAACAACACUCCUAUUGCUAGAAUCAAGCCCAUCUUUUACGAUCCAUUGGCUGAAAAUUACGAAAGAAUUUACUUGAAAAUUGGAAAGGUUUCUUUGUUGAGUAGCAUCACUAAAGACGACUUAUUGACGUUCGAAGUUAGCACUCCAAACAAUGAUAUGAUAGACUUGCAAAAGCAUCAAAUCAACAGGAGAAACGUUCGUGGCAGUUUGUCUCGGUCU